AUGAAUGAAUCUCUCAUAAAUCCCUUCAACCUCUCUCAUCCCACGACUGUUCAAACUUCGCUUUUUGCUGGGGCACAAAUCGCGCGCUUUGAUACAACAGGGAGGUUCAUCGCAGCCGGGCGUGCGAUUGGCUCUGCGGAGAUUUGGGACCUUGAGACCCGUGCUCCCAUUCGGUGGUUAGAUGGACAUGUCAGAGGAGUUACCAGUAUCGAUUGGUCUCGGAACUCCCGAUAUAUCUUGACUUCGUCCAAGGAUUGGAAUGUAGUUGUUUGGGACCUCGCCUCUGCUUGUGAUCCCCCACAGCGACAUUGCACAAUUCGCUUUGAUGCUCCGGUCAUCUCAGCAUCAUUCCACCCAAGAAAUAGCCAAAUUGUCCUAGCAUUGCUUUCGACGGGUGAAGCAUACCUUUGUGAUUUGAGGAAAACGGAGCGCUCGCGGAUUGAAUUGGUCGAGCUUAUGGAAGAGAGUGACGAUGAACAGGGACAGUCGUCGCGUACGAGGUCCUUCAUGACGGUGGCGCGCUUUGAGCCUUCUGGCAAAUACAUUUUCAUUGGAACAACUGCGGGCUCAUUGCUCGUGUUCAAUUCUCGCACGAAGGCGAUGAUAGCACGUCACAAGAUAUCGGGUGCAGGCAUAAUGAAAGGCCUUGAUUUUGCUAAAUCCGGACGUCGUCUGGUGACAAACUCGUCGGACAGAACGCUGCGCCAGUUUAUACUUCCAUCCUACGCAGGUUGCGAAGAAAAUGGGUUACUGGACCAGGAACUUGAGCCCACGCAUCGAUUCAAUGACCCCAUCAACAAAACAGCCUGGCAUGCUAUGUCGUACAGUCCUGAUGGGGAGUGGUUAGCAGGAGGUGCAGCUGACCCGGCGGCACACAAAGUCUAUAUUUGGGACAUCUCCAAUGAUGGCCAGUUUGCGAGUGCGUUGGAUGGCGGCCGAGAACCGCUUCUCCAUCUUCACUGGCAUCCUAAGAAAUCGUGCAUAGCUUCAACGACAAAUCAGGGAAGUAUCCUCAUCUGGCAUUGUCCGAAUCCUGAAAGGUGGGGUGCGUUUGCGGGUGGAUUUGAAGAAGUGGACGAGAAUGUAGAGUACGAUGAACGAGAGGAUGAAUUUGACAUAGAAGAUGAAGAGAUUCUGUUUGAACGCAAAAUGAAAGCGGAGGAAGAAGAAGUGGACAUUGAUACCCUUGCGACUUCAUCCGAUCCCAAUGCUUCUACUGCGGUCAAUGGUGGAAAUAUCGUCGAUAGCACUGGGGGCAGCAGCAAUGGGACACCAGCUUCUUCUACUAUUGCUGUUGUUGGGAUUCUGGGAGAUAAAGAUCCAGAUAUCCUCUGGGCAGAUGAGGAGCCAGAUGGGGAUGACCCAGGGGAGUGGAGAAUGAGGAUUGUAAUGGAUAAUGAGGCUGCAGACUACUAUUGA